AUGUCGCUACUCAUCAAGUACAUUGUGAAGAGAGAAGUGGACAACUACCGCUCCAGGAGGACAGAUGCUAUCAGCCGCCGGAUUUACUCGUCACUGGUGAUGAAACUCAUCGACAUUGCUAAGGAUCUGCCGCGCAACUCGAGUGCCGCCAGCCGCAUCGACACCGCCCACCGCUACUACAUGUCCGUGGAAAGCAAAGACAUGCACGACCAGAUGGCAGAUGUACAGGUGUUCCACGUCUGCGCCAGGCUCUAUGACAUCAUGUUUACUGCGCCGCGGAUUCUGGCCCAACUAGGUUGUCUAGAUGACCUGACUCCAAAGAUCCUCAUACGGAAACUAAAGGAUAUUGAGAUUAAGCCCGUCCAUCUCGGAAUUACUCUUCUCAUCCAGUACCACCUCCGUAACACGGUCAACUUUGCAUUAUAUUCCAAAGCCCUGGAUGUGCUAUCCACCAAGCCCCAAGAAGUGGGCCCCAGGGUGAUAGAGCUGCUGAAGACGAUCGCCGCCCGCCUUCUCCCCCUGGCGGAGUUACUGGAUAUCCACCUGGCGCACUCCAGCCCCGCUUUCAAGGACACCUGUCCAGCUACUUGGCUCGGCAUUGUGAAUAAUAAAAAUCCAUAA